CAGCGACACGGGCCGGUCAUCAGGGGUUGGUUGUUCGGCCGAAGUUGAAUGGGCAAACAAAGACAAUAGAGGAAGGAACCAUCUACUAUCCGUACUUCGUACAGCAACUUCAAACUCAAACAGUUGGAGUCAAUCUAACUUUGAACUCUUGAGUUCCGAGGCAAGCAGUCACGACCCGGGAACGCCGCGGCCGGGCAAUGGCGACCAUCAACGCGGAAAUCACGGACAAGGGCAAGGGCGUCGCCCCAAGCCACGGCCUUGCCCGUUUUGCGUGCAACUUUUGCAGGCACAAGAAAAUAAAAUGUUCCCGAGAGCUGCCCAAAUGCGCGGCCUGCAAGCCCUGGCCCGGGAUUUGCGAAUAUUCUCGGCAAUUGGCACCGACGAACCGUUCUACUAGUUCUGGACCGACUACUAGUAGUAGUUCUAAUAACCUCGAGCUGGAGCAACGACCGAAACAGCAGGUUGCGCCCGUGCCGCAGCACACCUCCUCCAACUUUGGAUUCUCUACCGAUCGGCUUGAGAGGGUUGAGGCUGCGCUCGAGACCCUCACUGCAUCAGUUAGCCGGAUAGUCGCCGCCUCCGAGUUGGGAGGCGUCCGGGAUCGGGAAUCCCGGCCACCAGUAACUCGCCCGGGCGCUCGGCCCACCGCUCUGUUGACGGAACAGAGCCGUAAAGAUGAGGCAACAUUCGGGGCCCUCUCGUUUUCUGCCGUUGGCGAGGCACAUGACCAGCUUGGUCAGAUCAUCCCCCUCCUGGCUCCUCAGCCAGAAUUCAGAGUCGCCAUGGAGAGGGUAAACGACCUGGUCAAGGGACUCACCUCUUUGCGGUCUCCGGUCACCAUGUUGAGCCUCAACAGCCCAAGGCAGUACCGCACGCCCGAUAGAGAAACCGGUAACUACAUGAUAAAAAAAUAUAGAGCCAUCAACAAUAUGUGCCGAGUGUUUUUCGACUCUCCAUCUGACUCCCUACUACGGCAGGUGAUCUUCGAGCCAUCAGAGGCGCCACCGGCCUGGGUAAUCUUCAUCAAUUACUCCCUCCUCAUCUCAGACCUGGCGCGCCACGGUCUUUCUAGCAUGUGGCGGUGGAACACCAAAAUGGCUCUGGACAACGCCGCCUUGUUCCUGUCGCCCUCCAGGAUGAGCAUCCAGGCAUUCAUUCUACUUUCGUUCCGCGGCGAGGACUUUGCCACACCGAACGUAUCGUGGAUGCUUACUUCCUACGCUUGCCACCAAGCUCAAGCCAUGUCCUUUCACAUUCCAGAACCUGAUAUGGACUGGGGAAGUCAACAAUGCCAGCUCUGUCUUUUCUGGGUUCUGUUCACUUACGAAAAGUGGUGUGCCCUGACCUUUGGCCGCCCUGCGCUAUUGCCCCUAUCGUAUUUCCGAGAUGUCCGGCUUCCCAGCUUCGACUAUCUGGUCAGCUCCAGCUCCCACCCACACGCGAUGCCAGCUGACUGCGAGACCUCAACCUCCCCAAUCUUUGCCGCUCAUGUAUUCUUCCAGAACAUAAAACUGGCCAAGCUUACUAGUGUUAUUCUAGAUUCACUCGUCUUGGGCGGGUUGCCGGCUGAACGAGACGCCCUGAAAGGCGAGCUCGAGACUUGGUAUCUAGAAACCAUCGACCUGCUUCGCCAAGCUGAACAUGAUGACCAAGAUCUUCUGGAAAACGAGAAUCACGAGGAAGCGAUGCAAGCUAGAGCGACGGCAAAGUUCCGAUACGCUAAUACAAUGAUGGUCCUUAUCAAGGAUUUGCCUGAAUACGACGGACUUCGAAUCAGUCUGGCGCGCGAAGCUCUUCAGCUUCUUCCCAUUAUGCUGGGAAGUCAUCAAAAUAUGUACAAUGGUGUAAUCUGGCAACUUCUAUAUUACCCGUUUACUUCGUUUUUCACCCUCCUUGCCCAUGUCAUCCAUCAUCCACAAAAUCCAGAUGUGCAAGCGGAUCUUGCCUUACUGUACUCGAUAAUAAGCUACUUCACCAACCUACGACUGCAGCUGACGCUCUUGACCGAGGUGUCGCUGCGGUUAGAGCACACAGCUGAAGUCUUCUUCCGAAUUGCCCAGCGACAUGUCCAAGAACAGCAAAGUGCGGCGGGCCGUGUUUACACAGAAUUAGAGGUACACGUGCCAAACCUGAGUACAGCGCAGCAUAGUUAUGGGUUGGCAAGCGAUCCCAACCCAGAAGCCGCGGCCGACCCUCUCGCCUACAAUUUUGGGGCGGAAGACUUUUCGCUUGACGACGAAGAAAUGGACAAGUUUCUCAGUUGGCUUUCUCCAUCUUUCGCAGGGGAUCUCUCCACUGCUGCUAGGGGUGUUAAUAACGCGCAGGAGGCUCCUACGAAUCCGUCAAUACCUCUGCAUGAAGAUCAGCACCGGGGGCAGAAGCGUCCGUUUGGGGCGGCUUUUGACUGGUUUUCGUGGGAAAAGUACUAUUCAGAUACUACUUGAUCUAGACGCAGCCCACCAAAUUCCUGCCAACCGCCCCUUGUUGGGCUAUUAUUUCAAUUUUUAUUUCCGCUUUGUACAGUCCAUGUGCAGGGCACGUGGUGUUCUGAGCCCAGGCCAACAGACUUCGUUACCUGUAUUCAGUCUGUUAGGACGCUGCCUUUUUCCUUAUUACUCUCACGCACCACCACAUUGGCUAGGCUGGCCAGUAUAGUCUUGACCCAUCACACUCCAUUCAACCUUGUAAUUGCCAUUGUCAGAAUUCUGGAUUCCGCAUUCCAUAUUCCGUAUUCCGAUACUCGGGACCUGGCAAAGAAUGCGCUCGGGACGAUCAACUAGGGUUGCCUUGCCGUGCUUACCUGCAGCGAAUACAACGUCUUACAGUGCAUUUCAGCUUCCCGUCUCAGCCCUACAGAGCGGUUCGUCU